UUGUGAGAUCUGAAGAAACUCACUCUUUCUCUCUCUCUCUUCUCUCUCUCACGUAUGAGGAUCCGGAAGCAUGCGAACAUACCUCUCUCCCCAUCUCUCAGCACGCGUACCACCCUUCAUCCACACGUGUGCGAGCUGAACAGGUCGCCAUGGGAUGUCAUACCUUUCCCUCUCCAAUACGACGGCCAUUCUCACCCAAAUCCAUACCAGAGAGAAGACGGAGAAGAAGAAGAGGUGGAAGAAGAAGAAGCUGUGAUGGGAAUGGGAAAUGGCGUUUCAUCUAUUGCUGCUGCUGAUGGCAGUGGGGAAAGGGAAUUUUCGGAGGAAGAGAGAGAGGAGAAGAAAAAGAAGAGAGAGGAGAGAGGAAUCGCUGCCGAAAGAGAGAUGAUUCCAAGCAAGGGUAAGACUUGUAAUAAAGAGGAAGAUGAAGGGCAAUCUCAGUUGGACGCUUGCCCGAAAGUUGGAGAAAAGGAUGAAGUGAGAGGGAGGCGUGGAAGGAAGAAUCAAGGGAGGGCAUUUUCGUCAAAUUCAGAUUAUUAUUACUAUUACUCUGGCUUCGGUCCUUUGUGGGGUAGGAAGAGAGGAGGAAAUCAGCUCCAUGAUGUCCAUGUUCCGCUCAUCCCAUCACCAUCAUCAUCACCAUUACCAUCGUCAUCAGAUCAUGAUGACCAUGACCAUGACCAUGAUCAUGGUCAUGAUCGUCGUAUGAAGAGAGUGAGGAAGCGUGUGAAGGCUCGAUCGCUCAAAUCUCUCUUCUAAAUUAUUCUUUCCUUACUAACAUUCCACGCGCGUCAGCGAGCCCUUCCUAUCUGCACGUGGCGACAUGGAAAACGUCUGCGAGAUCUCAGCCUUCCGUCAGGUUAGCUUUCCUUCACACACGCAUGCUCUCCUUUGAUUAAUUUCCUUCCUUUGAAUGAAAUGAGAAAUGAGGCAUGCUCGUUCCAUACCUCUGUAUGGGGAGCUUCGUCAAUUCACAAGCAGGCACACGUGUGCGAGAUCU